CGUUAUCCAUCGACUCUAGGGACGGUCCGGUGUUAUUACCCUUACCGACAUCUCCUCUGUCUUUCCAGAUUUCCAAACGGCUGCAGAGAUGACCUACUUUGGAGGCUCUUCUUCCACUCAUCGUCCCUGGAAUUAUGAUGUGUUCUUGAGUUUUUGUGGUCAGGACACUCGCACCAACUUCACUGAUUUCCUCUUUCACUGGUUGGUUAGAGAUGGGAUUCACACCUUUAAAGAUAGCGAAGAGCUAAACAGAGGAGAGGAUAUUUCUUCUGAACUGAUGGAAGCCAUCGAAAGUUCUAGGAUUGCCAUUAUCGUUUUCUCUAAGAAUUAUGCUUCUUCCACCUGGUGCCUUGAUGAGCUAGUGAAGAUCCUCGAUUGCAAAAAGAGAAACCAAAUAGAAAAGGUUAUACCUAUUUUCUAUAAGGUGGAUCCAUCCCAUGUCAGGAAACAGAGUAACAGUAGUUAUGCCGAGGCAUUUAAGACACACGAAAAGCGUUUCAAGAAGGAGAUGGGGAAGGUGAAGACUUGGAGGGCUGCUCUCACUGAAGCUGCCAAUAUAUCAGGCUGGGAUCAAUUAAAUGAUGCAAAUGGCCAUGAGGCGGAGCUUAUAAAGAAAAUUGUGGACGAAGUGUUGAAAACAGUGAACCAAACAUGCUUGCAUGUUGCAGAACAUCCAAUUGGGUUGAAUUCCCACAUUGAGCACAUAGGUAGCUUACUAAAUGAUGGAGAAUUGGAUGUUGUUCGCAUCAUAGGGAUAUAUGGACCUGGCGGAAUAGGUAAGACAACUAUAGCGAAGGCUGUUUUUAAUAACAUGUUUAGAAAUUUUGAAGGUAGCAGCUUUCUUGCUAAUGUUAGAGAGGUUUCAAGUCAACAUAACGGUUUAGCUCUCUUGCAAAAACAGCUUCUCUCUGAUGUCUUGAAGGGCAAAGACAUAGACACAUACAAUGAGGACCGAGGAAUCAUUAUAAUCAAAGAACGUCUACGCUACAAAAGAGUUCUUAUUGUUCUUGAUGAUGUGGAGGAAAUGGAACAAUUUUGUAAAUUGGUUGGGGGGCAUGGUUGGUUUUGUUCGGGAAGUCGAAUCAUUCUGACAACUAGAGACGAACAUUUGCUGAAUAAGCUCGAGGUGGAUGAAAAAUAUAUGGUUAAGACAAUGGGCCAGUAUGAAUCUCGUCAACUUUUCAGUCAUCAUGCCUUUCAACAAAAUCAUCCAUUAGAAGGCUAUGAGCAACUCUCAAAUGAAAUAGUACAUUAUUCAGGGGGCCUUCCAUUAGCUCUUAAGGUUUUGGGUUCCCAUCUCUCCAAAAAGAUUCAAGCUGAGUGGGAAAAUGAAUUGAAGAAAUUAAGAAAGAUACCCAAUGAUAAGAUCUUAGAAAAACUUGAAAUAAGUUAUAAUGCAUUAGAUGAUUUCGACCGGACCAUAUUCCUUCAUAUAUCAUGCUUUUUCAUUGGACAUUUCAAAAAUUUUGUAAUUCCGAUUCUAGAUGCUUGUGGUGUGAAUGGAGAAGCUGUAAUUAAACUUCUCAUAGAGAAGUCUUUGGUAACAGUUGAUGAAUAUAAUAGGCUAUGUAUGCAUGACCUGAUUCGGGACAUGGGAAGAGAAAUUGUUCGUAAAGAGUCUCCUGGGAAGCCUGGAGGACGCAGUAGAUUGUGGAACAAUGAUGAUGUCAUUGAUGUAUUAACAAACCUCACUGGAACUAAUGCAAUUGAGGGCCUUCAAAUAAAAUUGCAUAACCAUAUAGGGAAAGUCCGAUGGACCACUGCAGUAUUUUCUAAAAUGCUUAAUCUAAGAUUACUUGAAGUUGAUUGUGAAGAGACCACCACCAAAAUGGAUCUGAAACCUUCUCAUCAGAAGUGCUUCAAAUACUUAGUUUGGGUUCGUUGGAGAGGAUUCCCUUUUGAAUAUAUGCUUGAUAAUUUUGAUCUGAGGAACCUUGCUAUUCUUUACAUGCCAUGGAGCAAACUCAAAGAAGUUUGGAAGGGAACUAAGUAUCUCACAAAGUUGAAGGAACUCAAUCUCAGUUAUUCAGAGCACCUAACUUGUACACCGGACUUCACUGGGCUCCCGAAUCUUGAGAAACUUAUUCUCAUUGGUUGUAAAAGUUUGGUUGAAGUGCAUAAAAGUAUUGGUCGACUUAAGAAACUUGUGUGGCUGGAUCUAAGUGGUUGCCACAGUCUCAAGAAUCUUCCGAGGAGUAUAAGUAAAUUGCUAUCUCUUAAAAUACUUGAUAUUUCUUACUGCCAAGAAAUUGGAAAAUUGCCGGUGGGAAUGGGGAAAUUGAUUCCUUCUAAUGGUUUAUGCUUCUUAAAGGAAGUGAUUUUGGAAGGAUGCAAUCUAACAGAUGAUGAUAUUCCUGAUGAGUUUUGGUUGUUGUGCUCUUUGAAGUCAUUGAAUCUAGGGAGGAACUAUUUUGAGAGCCUUCCAUCUAGCAUUGGCCAACUUUCACAACUUCAAAAUUUGAAAGUGAGCGAUUGCAAGAGACUCAAAUCACUCCCCAUGCUUCCAUCAAGUUUGCAUUCUCUUGAUGCAUCAUUUUGCUUCAAGUUGGAAAGGUUACCAAAUUUGUCAAACUUGAAGCAACUAACGAUGCUCCAUCUUUCAUGUUGUGAAAAGCUGACUGAAAUUGAGGGCUUAGAGGGUUUGAUAUCUGCAAAAAGUAUACAAUUAGAUAUGUGUCACAAUUUGAAAAGUUUUGUCAAGAAGACAAUCUUUCAGGAGAUAUCUAAAGACAUUGGCAGCAAUCGUAACAUUUGUGACAUCUAUUUUGAUGGAAAAGAGAUUCCAGAGUGGUUUGGGCUACAAAGUGAAUCCUCAGAUUCAUUAUUUUAUCAGGUUCCUCAACUUCCUAACAUGGAGAUUCAAGGGUUGAUUAUAUGCUUUAUUUGUACGGUACUUCCAAAUCAUAUUUGCUACACUCAUGGCUCAUCAUGGUUUAGAAAGGUUGUAGUUCAUAAUAAAUCAAAGAAUUUCACAUGGAGCCGCACCAUUAGUAUUCCAUUUUCCAAUGAAAGAAUUACUUGGGUCAUCAAGAUACCCAGUUGUGGUGGAUUUGACCUGAAAGCAAUUGUUGAAUAUGGGGAUACCAUAGAAGUUUCUUUUGUUCUUAUGGGUAUCGACCCUUCAACAUCUCAGUUUGUGAAGAAAAUUGGGGUCCAUUUCUUCUAUGAAUCAUCGUCCCAGCAUGAGAAAGUCCAUUUCUUCAAUGAUGUGUCAUCGACAUCGACAUUGGCAUUGAUAUCGACACAGUAUGAGAAUGCCUCCAAAACCUCUGCAGCCACCACACCCAUGCAGUAAGUAUUUGGCGAUUGAGAGUCCUUUCGGUGUGUGCUUGAAUGCUUCUAGUUGCCAGUGUUCACUGUAUUGUUGUAGCAUCUGCAGAAAAUAUGGCUGAGGAAAAUUCCCAAAGCAUUCAAUAUUUUGAACUCCUCCAAUUGUUUGUGUGAUAUUUGCGAGAUCGAUCAGGUGAAUUUAUCUA